GCCGCCGUCGCGCGCGCCCCCGCUGCCCGCGCCCCCGCUCUGGUCCGUGGUGCCGCCGGACCAGCACCAUGUCGCUGUCGCGCUCGGAGGAAAUGCACCGGCUCACAGAAAAUGUCUACAAGACCAUCAUGGAGCAGUUCAACCCCAGCCUGCGGAACUUCAUCGCCAUGGGGAAGAACUAUGAGAAAGCCCUGGCAGGUGUGACGUAUGCGGCCAAAGGCUAUUUCGAUGCCCUCGUGAAGAUGGGUGAGCUGGCCAGCGAGAGCCAGGGCUCCAAAGAACUCGGAGAUGUUCUCUUCCAGAUGGCCGAAGUCCACAGGCAGAUUCAAAAUCAGUUGGAGGAAAUGCUGAAAUCCUUUCACAACGAGCUGCUCACGCAGCUGGAGCAGAAGGUGGAGCUGGACUCCAGGUACCUGAGUGCCGCGCUGAAGAAAUACCAGACGGAGCAGAGGAGCAAAGGCGAUGCGCUGGACAAGUGCCAGGCUGAGCUGAAGAAACUCCGCAAGAAGAGCCAAGGGAGCAAAAACCCUCAGAAGUACUCGGACAAGGAGCUGCAGUACAUCGAUGCCAUCAGCAACAAGCAGGGUGAGCUGGAGAACUACGUGUCAGAUGGCUACAAGACGGCCCUAACAGAGGAGCGGAGGAGGUUCUGCUUCCUGGUGGAGAAGCAGUGUGCUGUGGCCAAGAACUCCGCGGCCUACCACUCCAAGGGAAAGGAGCUGCUGGCACAGAAGCUGCCGCUGUGGCAGCAGGCCUGUGCUGACCCCAACAAGAUUCCAGACCGCGCCGUGCAGCUCAUGCAGCAGAUGGCCAGCAGCAAUGGCUCCAUCCUCCCCAGCACUCUGUCGGCCUCCAAGUCCAACCUGGUCAUCUCAGACCCCAUUCCGGGGGCCAAGCCCCUGCCGGUGCCCCCCGAGCUGGCCCCAUUUGUAGGGCGGCUAUCUGCCCAGGAGAACACGCCCGUCAUGAACGGCGUCUCGGGCCCGGACAGCGAGGACUACAGCCCCUGGGUUGACCGCAAGGCCACCCAGCCCAAGUCCUCAUCUCCUCCACAGUCUCAGAACAAGUUGAGCGACUCAUACUCCAACACGCUUCCCGUGCGCAAGAGUGUGGGCCCGAAAAACAGCUACGCCACCACCGAAAACAAGACUCUGCCCCGCUCGAGCUCCAUGGCAGCUGGCCUGGAACGCAACGGCCGCAUGCGGGUGAAGGCCAUUUUCUCCCAUGCGGCCGGGGACAACAGCACCCUGCUGAGCUUCAAAGAGGGCGACCUCAUCACCCUCCUGGUGCCUGAGGCCCGUGAUGGCUGGCACUAUGGCGAGAGUGAGAAGACCAAGAUGCGGGGCUGGUUUCCGUUUUCCUAUACCCGGGUCCUGGACAGUGACGGCAGCGACAGGCUGCACAUGAACCUGCAGCCGGGGAAGAGCAGCAGCACAGGCAACCUCCUGGACAAGGAGGACCUGGCCAUCCCACCCCCCGACUACGGCACGGCCUCCCGCGCCUUCCCUGCCCAGACGGCUGGCACCUUCAAGCAGAGGCCCUACAGCGUGGCCAUGCCCGCCUUCUCCCAGGCUCUGGAUGACUACGGGGCACGGGCUGUGAGCAGCGGCAGCGGCACGCUGGUGUCCACAGUGUGAGGACGCUGACCACGGGCAGCUGCUGCUCUGAGGAGCUUCUGCCCCACCCCACCUGUCUGGUCUCCAUCAGUUUCCUCUUCAGCUCUCGGUGGUUUGUUCUUGGGUUAUUUCUCUGUUCCACCUGCUCCCUCCCUGCCUUUUGUUUGGUGAUCCCAGACUCUGUGAUCCCCCAGGGUCCAUGGUGCUGCCCCAUCUCUGCUCCCCGUGUUUACAUGCCCCUCCCCCGUGCGUCCCGCCAGGCGGGACCCGCGGGCCGGGCAGCACGGGCGGGUGUCCUCGCCUCUGCUCGCCGUCUGUCGCGUUCAUGACACACUGUCUCUUUUCAAAGGCUCACUGUGAGCCAGGUCUAAAGUUUGAAGAAAAGGAAAAAUCAUAAAAAAAAAACACAAAACAAAAAGAUGAAAAACAGGAAAAGGACUUUUUUUUUCCUGAAAAACAAAAACACAUUUGCAUGGACUCCGGUGUACGUACUGUUAUUUCUGCAUCCGACUUCCCCCAGUGCACACUGGCCUCUGUGUCAGGAAAGGAAGGUGCUGGGGGCUCCGAGAGGCUCAUGGCCCCAUGGGCACCCUGCCGAGGGCUGCACCCAGAGAGGGGCUCGUGCUGAGCUUGGGCGGCCUCCUGAGGAAGCUGGCCGCUCCUGUGAGGGAGGCCAUGGCCCCUGGCCCCACCCAGCCCACCAGGCCAGGC